AUGGUUAACAGUCUGGUGAAAUGGUCGCCGGCCCUUGCGUGGUGGCGGCUGCCAGUGGACAAGCCCAUAGCCUUGGUCGGGCUGCCUCCAGAACUGCUGGUGCAGGUGCCGAGCUACGUGCCGCCGUGCGCAUUGGUGACCUGCUGCUGCUCAGUGUGCACGUGGUGCGACGUAGUGGAUGGGCCCACAGUGUGGCUGCUGCAGCUGGCUCACGACCGCAACGCAGAAGGCCGACUCUAUUCGGUGGCCCAGCGCUGCCCACCCAAUAGCAAGGACGAGAAAGAGUUUCCACUCUGCGCCCUGGCGCGCUACUGCCUGUGAGUGCUCCUGGGCAGCAACGUCAUUUUUAACUCCUGUGGGGAGCAUGGCUUCAGAGGUUGGAAGGUGGAACACUGUGGGGAUGGCUGAGCUGUGGAAAAGGACCUAACAGUGGUGCUGGGGGCUCCUUCCCAGACCUGUUUUGUGACUUCUUUUGAAUGGUGCUUCAAGAGGCCUGUGGACCUGGUGAUGGAAGGGGUGUGUCAGGAGCUGCUGGACAGUGUCCAGGUCAAGAUCUGUGUGGCAGACAGGUGGGGCGCUGGAGAGAACUGCAGCUGCAUCUACUGGCUCCAGGUCCGCCUUCUGGAUGUGCACGAAAACGAAGUGGAAUUCUCUGCCUCACCCAACCCAGCCCUUCAGUGGACAGAGAGAGGCUGCCGACAGUUCUCCGUUUUCACCGACUUUGGCAAAGGCAUCCAAUAUGCAUCUUUUUACUAUGAGAGAGAUACACGCUCCUGGGUGGGGCACUACAGCGCCCUUGUGACCCCCUCCAGGACCUGCCUGUCCUAGCCCACCAGCCUGAUCAGGCCUUCCAGGACCUACUACCACCUGCCAGGCAUCAUUGCCAAUCACUGGCAGCUCUGUAGCCAGGAGCCAGAGGAUGCCCAGGGUGGCUGGGGGCCCAUGUGGCUUGUUCCCAGCCAGCUUCCAGCAAACCCCACUUGCUGCUUUAGCAUGGUACCCCACAUGCUGUUCACCAGGCUGUUCACAGCUUCCCAAGCCAGGGGUUCAAGGAUUAACCGAGAUUUUUACUUUGCCUGCAAACUGUUUCCUCACACGUGGGUGUCAGCUGGUAGACUUGGUAGACUGAGUCAGAAAACAAAGGCCAAAACUGUAUUG